AUGCUUCAGGCACCCCUCUUGUUUAUUGCUACCACCGCUUCUCUCGAAAGUUUUUUGGAAAAGGUGUGCUGGAAUGGAGAGAACAAUAUCAGACAGCAGUUCGCAACAACGAAUACAAUUGCGGAAAAGGAAGGAAUUCAUCCGUCAAUCGCCAAACAAGGAAUGGAUGUGGUGAUGAGUUAUAUGUGCACCUCCGCCAACAGCCGCAACAGCAGCGGCAGCAAUAUGCAAACCAUCCGCAGUGUUGUUAUGAAAGACGACGCGAGCAGCAGCAACAACGUGUGGCCUAUUACACGGGAUGCAGCACAGACUAUUACGACGCCUUCAAUGCUUGGUUUGCGUACAGUUCAGCUACCGCAUGCAGAAAUAUACCUAUCAUUACAAGAGGAAGAAGUGGAUAUCCAUCCCAGCACACUUACUUUUCCGCAGCAGCAGAAACAGUGUCAUCGAGCAGAGCAGCAGUACAACAAAUUCACCAUCAAAGAUUCCGAUCAUGUCCAAUUCAGUUUUCCUCAUCAGGAAUGCGAACGAAACAGAGUAUCGAAAGGACUGGUCCCUACUACGCAACCAGCUAUGACCUCCAUUCCGGCCGUAUUUCCGACUUCUAGAAAUUUCUUUUUUGCUCCUUCUACACGGAUGUCUGGAUAUCGAACUAAUGAUUCACAAGCAAAAGCCCCUUCGAGUUUGCGAAAUCGUACUCAAUCAGUUUUCACUCGGCCGCCCAAAGAAUGUGCAUUAGCUGAAUUAAAAAAUUCUCUGAAAUCUCAAACAUCUAUGUUCACUAAUAAGCACUCUUACCAAAACAAACAACAGCAGUCGACGCAGAAUUCUUCCACUCGAGAACCAGUGCUGCUGUGUCCCUACCAAUCUCAGGAAAAGCAAACCCCGGGCUUCCCCGACAGUUUCAUCCGAUCACCUUCUCAUCCUUCCGCAUCGCAUUUGCCUUAUACUUUUGAUGAAGAAGCUACUUUUUCGUCUCCAACUUACUUGCAAACAUUGCUGGAAUCACCAGCAAAAAUUUGCAAAGAUGCAAAUGUGCUUAAUGUCCCGAAACCAGUCAAAUACAUCAAAAUUCAUUACGGACCAUCUCAUCCAUCACCUCCUAAACAACAACCACUACGAGCUCGAACUAUGACUGUCCGAUCUCCAAAUAGUGAUUCGCUUCAGCAAUCUCAACAGCAAACUACGAGUGGAUUUGAUUAUCAGAAAUAUCUUCGAUCGACUCGUCGAAAUCGUAUAAACGAUCAGAAACAACGAAUAACGCUUAUUGCAGCGGUACCUGAUGAAGCAGUGUUUAUGAGAGAGACUACGAUUUGUCGUGUCCCUCGUCCUAAUACCAUAUAUAAUGCUACUAGUAGUAGUUAA